AUCGGCUGCUCGCACUACCAGCGGUCUGCCAAGCUCCAAGCCCAUUGUUGUGGCAAGUGGUUUACCUGCCGCUUCUGCCACGACGAAAUCUCGGACCACAAUAUCAUCCGCAACCUCACGACCACCAUGAUGUGCAUGUACUGCUCCACCGUCCAGCCCGCAGGCCAGCAGUGCAUCAACACAGCCUGCGGCCGCAAAGUAAGCAAGUACUACUGCCACGAAUGCAAGCUCUGGGACGAUGAUCCAAAGAAGAACAUCUACCAUUGCUACGACUGCGGAAUCUGCCGAAUCGGCAAGGGCCUCGGCAUCGACUACUUCCAUUGCAAAAAGUGCAAUGUUUGCAUGGCUAUCAGUCUGAAAAACCGCCACAAGUGCAUCGAACGAAACUUGGAGAGCGACUGCCCGAUCUGUGGCGAGUACAUGUUCACGUCGACCACGACCGUGAUCUUUAUGCCCUGUGGCCACUGCAUACACUACAAAUGCCAUCAGGAAUAUAUCCACACGUCCUAUCAGUGCCCAACUUGCUUCAAAUCCCUCGCCAACAUGACCGAAUACUUUAGACGCAUCGACGCCAUGCUCGAGCAACACCAAAUGCCGCCAGAAUACGCCAAGACAGUCUCGCACAUCUACUGCAACGACUGCGAGAAGCGUUCCGACGUCAAGUUCCACUUUCUCUACCACAAGUGCGGCUUUUGCAGUGGAUACAAUACCAAGGUGCUCCGAACCUCCGAGAAAAAGUCGAUUGAGCCCGAGCCCACCACCGACACGGACGGCACCAAGCCUCUCUCGGAUCAGUCCGCUGCUCUUGACGACGCCGCCAAGGCUCCGAAUGCCGCGGUCUCGUCAGAGGCCACCUCGCUGGCUUCGUCUUCGACACCUUCGUCGUCAUCCUCCCAAGCGGAUCUGAACGAGGGGCUCAACGACGUGACCACCACCUUCACGUACCAGACGCGAAGCGCAGCCAGCAGAGGCUCGGUAUCUCGGACCCUCACCCGGCUCUUCUCAGAUCAAAACUGA